GCGAGUCGCACGGAGACUGGGACAGGGAGAGGAAGAUGGCUCAUGUGAGGAAGCAAAGCCGAGCAGGGAAGGCGUUGUUUUCUGUUUUAUUCACGGUUUUGUCACUGGGGCAUUGCAGCGACCAGGUUCCCGUGCUUAUCUGGUCAAGCGAAAGCUCUCUGUGGCAGUGGCAGGACGCCCCUGCCCUGGGUCAUGUUGUUUCUGGCUCUCAGCUGGUUACCUACCUGAGCUCUGCAAUCAGCAAUGGACCUCGCAGUGUGAUUCUCUUCCUGCAGGACAAGCUCAGUCUUGAUGACUUUACGAUGUAUGGAGGGGUUUAUGGGAACAAGCAGGACAAUGCCUUUCCAAACCUGGAGGCUGCUCUGGAGAUGGCUCCCUCCUCCCUGGUGCUGCCCUCUGUAGACUGGCACGCCUCGAGCGCUGUGCCCGCCUUGCUGCAGGAGAAGCUGGAGACCAGCCCUGUGUACUUGGAGCCCUCCACCCUCCACCAGCUCAGACUCAACCACUCCAUCCCCUCCCUGCUGGUGCUGAGGCUGCCCUACACCACCAGCACCCAGUUUAUGUCUCCUAAGGAGAUGCUCAGUGGCAAUGAUGAAGUGAUUGGUGAGGUGCUGAGCAUUCUGAAGAGCCAGGCCAUCCCCUACACUGCGGUCUACACUGCUGUCCGCCCGUCCCGGGUAAUCCUGGACAUGUCUCUGGCUGUGGAGAACCUCGGCCGCUCUCUCCUCCAAGCCCCCCCGAAGCCAGACGCAGCCCCCUACCCUCCCGUGAUGUACAACAACUCAGUCGGGCCCUGCAUCCUGCUGUGGGCUGAGAAUCUGACCGUGAGCCUUGUGCACAGCGAUGGGACGCUGAUGUCCUUCGAUCUCACCUCUCGCACCUUCGGCCCCGGGGCCAACGUGUCUCUGACUGACUCCGUGUGCAACCUCACCCGUUCCAGGCUUGUCCUUAAUUACGGAGAAGUGCGGGGUUACAAGGACUUCAAAGUAAUAUUUGUGAUGAACAAUCGUCCCUACCCAGUCUCUGCCCGGCACUGGUUCACUCUCGACAACGUUGAGAUUGAAUACAACGGUCAGAAGGCCAGUUUUAAAGGCAGCAGUGAGAUCUAUGCGCCAGAAAAGUACUCCUUCCACUGCCAGUCUGUUGCCAGCUUGCUGGUGCCCUUCAACAAAAGCGACAGCGCCACCAACUGGAGAGUCUUCUUCACAGAGUUCCAGAUCCAGGGUUUCAAUGUGAUCGGGCCCAGCUUCUCGUAUGCCAGUGACUGCGCUGGUUUCUUCACUCCAGGAAUCUGGAUGGGUCUGAUCACCACUCUGCUGAUGGUGCUCAUCCUGACCUACGGGCUCCACAUGCUCAUGCAUCUGAAGACCAUGGACCGGUUCGAUGACCCCAAAGGAGCCUCCAUCUCCGUGCCCCAGACAGAGUAACCAGCCUGGGAAGCGCACACACACGGAGGCACAUCAUUGCCUUUUAGAGAUUGCCAAUGGAAAUAUUUGGUUUGAUGCCAGAAAUUACAGAUUUUAUUGAAGGUUAUUUUUAAAAUUUUAUUUGAAGAUUGGGUGACGGGUAGAUUUAUCAUCCAACUGUUCAAUAGCACUGAGUUUAGAAAUACUAAAAUGUUUAAAUUUAAUGGCAAAUGUUUUUUCAGUAUCUCUUUUUGAUAACUAUAUUGAAGACUUUUUGCCGGAACGUUUGUUUAUUUUUAUUUUUAUUGUAGCUGUAAAAUGCUGGGAUUUGCUCAUUUAGCUCCACUUGUACCUAGCUUUGAAAAUAACCUCCCUAGUGACUCAAAAUAUUUGGGAAUAAUUGUCUUCCAUUUACUGAAAAUGCAAUUUCCCAGAAUAGUUUCUCUAAAACUUCAAUACGAUACUUAAAACUGUGUUCUUCUGGGUUAAGUCUCACAAUCCCAUGCACAAGGCCUUUCAUCAACACUCAGGUGUCCUGUAGCUCUACAGCAGUGGCACUGGAAUCAGAAUGGUUUGUAUCAAUGACCUCGGUUACUGCUGGCUUCCAGAAGGGGCAGUGUUGUUUCCUGUCAAUGUCUGCCCCUCCUUGUCUUUAUGAAGUGGAGGUUUAGGCAGAGAACCUGUAAAAUAAGUAACGUAUUUGAAUUGAUCAGUAACAUCUGUUUCAGGCUUACUUGUAUAUACAGGUGAAAAAUGUACGUAGGUGAUUUCUAUGCAUUUGUGAUGGUCCUCUGUCUUUUUUUUUAAAUUAUUUUAAUUGAUAUGUGUUUUUUCCAGUACUUGAGUGUUCUGAGUUCUGUGAAGCCUUUCCAGUCCAAAAAUGUAUAAAACUAUUAUAAUCUGAAGUAGGAAAGGAUGUGUUUUAAUCCCACUGGGUUUCCUGACUCUAUUUUGCCAUUCAUAAUCCCCUGCAGAAAGAGUGUUUGAAUGACAGCCCUUGUUUGUAAAUUUGACACGCACACAAAAAAGAAUCACAUCAAAGUUUAUGGUAAAUGCAAACAAUGAGCAAUUUGCUUUUAUUGGCGUUCAAAAUCUGGUCUUAAUGUGUCCCUGUUAAUUACCUUCAAAUUACUUUCAGUAGAAAAUACGCAACUGUUGGAAUUUUGAGGAAAACUAGUCUGCAGUCUCAAUGCAUUGAAUUCCAGUAUGGCCAAACAAAACUCAUGUUUGUAUUUUCCUGUGAGGCUUCUAUUUUAUGCUAGUCUUUCUGUUUUUAUAUUUUUAAAUAAUAUAACUUUAAACCCAAAAUAGUGCACAGCUCAGAUUUUCAAGGAAAGCAGUUGCAUUUGACUUGUGUUUAGUUUUGAAUCUAGCUUUUAAUCUGAGUCAUCCACUACACUUAAACUGAAUUAAUAAAAUAGCAUGCUUAUAAUUUCAAACCCCUACAUUCCUAGAAUGACUGGAAAGGCUGUGAGUGAGUUUCUCUGUUCACUAUGGUUCUGUAACACUUAAUUUACUGAGCAAAACUGUCUUGGGAGUGAAUGUGGAAUAAAAUGUGGAAAAUGAA